AUGUCGACCUCAGAGGCCAGUGCCCAGACCAACGUCACCCGCAUCAACUCCCACGUUUUCGUAAGUGAGCCACCAAAGGCGCCUAUUGCCCGCGAGGCUGCGUAUGCCCACCCACCCUCCUUGAUCAUUCUCUUUGGUUGGAUGGACGCACAGACGCCGCAUCUGAUCAAGUACGUUGUGUCGUUGCGCAGCCUGUACCCGUCAUGCAGAAUAGUUUUCGUCCGGUCCACGUCCGCAUUCUUCUUCACACCGCAGAACAAAAUGGAGAAGCUAUUGACCCCCGUCGCAGAGAUCCUGGAAUACGAGAUCUCACUCCCUAGCUUCUCGGGCGUAUUGCUCCAUGUCAUCUCUAAUGGUGGUGGGUUCAACCUAGUCUCGCUGAACAAGGUUCUCUCCAAGUUGGCUGCAAAACGGCCUCACGCUUCCCGCGCUUCGCCGCCUUUCGCUCCCGUUGCCCUCAUCCUCGACUCGACCCCAGGCAAGGAUGAGCUGAAGACGGCGCAGACGGACCUGCUGUCGCCCAAUCCCGUCUUGUACUCGCUGACCGCGCCUGUGCUCGCGGUGAUGUUCCGCGUGUACACGGUCGUCAACACCGUGCUCGGAAACCUGCCGAUGCUGCAAGAGCUGCGCGCGUCGCUGAACGACCCGAAUAUACUCCCUGUCCUCACCGAGGGCAACGUCAAGCACUACGCGCAUGGGCUACCGCGGUUGUAUAUAUAUUCUGCGAAUGAUCGCAAUACGCUUCCGCAUAAUGUGGAAGCACACAUUUCGGAGGCGACGGGAAAGGGCUUCGAUACUUCUGUGGAGAAGUACCUUGAUUCCCCACACGUGUCCCAUGCGCGCUUCAAUCCUGAGCGAUACUGGCGGGCUGUGAAGGACCUGUGGGAUCGGGCUGUGGAACGUUCGGAAGAGUAUCAGGUCCCCUUCGCUCGUUUGUAG